AUGGGCGCCACCCCGUUCCAUCGGUCCAUCCUUGAGGUCCGGUUGCCGAAGCACUUCGACAAACCGACGGACAUGAGGUACGAUGGAACUCAAGACCCUCUGGAACACCUCACGGCUUUUGAGGCUAGAAUGAAUCUGGAGGGAGUAGGGGACGAGGUGAGGUGCCGGGCCUUCCCGGUCACCCUAGCCGGACCCGCGAUCCGAUGGUUUAACGGCCUCCCGCAGGGAUCCAUCUACGGAUUUUCGGACAUCAGCCGUGCCUUCUUGGCUCAGUUCACAACGCGGAUAGCAAAGGCAAAACAUCCGAUCAACCUGCUCGGGAUAACCCAGAGACCCGGGGAGCCGACCAGAAAAUACCUGGAUCGCUUUAACGACGAAUGCUUGGAAAUUGAUGGCCUAACCGACUCGGUGGCCAGCCUUUGCCUGACGAACGGCCUCCUGAACGAGGACUUUCGAAAAUACCUUACCACGAAACCGGUCUGGACGAUGCACGAGAUCCAAAUGGUGGCUAAGGAAUACAUAAAUGACGAAGAAGUCAGCCAGGUCGUGGCCGCCAAUAAACGGCACUCCGACUACAAUCAACCUAGGCAACAGGGUAACGUUUACCAGCAAACAGCCGAAAGAGGGAUCUUGUUGAAGCCCCGACCACUCAAGGACCGAACGGGAGGGAACAAGAGCCUCUACUGUGACUACCACAAGGGCUACGGACACCAAACACAAGACUGCUUUGACCUAAGGGAUGCAUUAGAACAAGCAAUAAGAGAUGGCAAACUCUCUGAAUUCUCCCAUCUCAUACGGGAGCCGAGGAGACGGCAACGCGACCAAGACAGCGAAGAGGCCAAGACCCGAGCAGCAAAGCGGCGACAAGAGCCAGAAGACAAAGACCACAGUCUCACAGUGAUAAACGUAGUAACCGCCAAAAACUCUGCGCCAAGGUCUAGGUCAGCCCACAAGAAAGACGCCAAAAUCCUAGCGGUCUCCUCCGCCCCAAUGCGAAGUUCUUAG